UAAAUAUGUUGUAGUUGUGUAAACACUAUGUAGAUGUGCUUGACGGAGAGUGACAGAUUAUGAAACUUGUUUUUUAUGACUGUGAUUUCUAAUUGUUUAUAAAAAGGUUGUUUAUAUCAUUAUAUGUGGAGGGAGCAGCUAGUGCCUAAUUUCACUAAUUCCUAUGUUUUUGUCAUUCUCUGAAUAGAACUGGGAUCAGAUCUACUGCUUAAUUGUGAAUUGAACACCACUGAAAACAGCAAACUGUAAUGUGUAAUGUUACAAAGUACUUCAGAAAAUAGGAGUUAACUUUUUUACUUUAGCAUUAGCAAAAUAUUAUGGAUAAGAACUUUCAAGAAGAACGGUUUACAGGAAUUAUUAAAUUUACACCUCCUUUGUACAAACAACGCUACCAGUUCAUUCAAGAUUUAGUGGGGAAAUACAAACCUAAGAAGGUGGCAGAUUUAGGAUGUGCUGACUGUACGCUUCUCUGGAUGCUGAAAUUCUGCAGUUGCAUUGAAGUGUUAGCUGGGCUAGAUAUCUGUGCAAGUGUAAUGAAAGAAAACAUGCAUAGGUUGUCUCCUCUUCCUGGUGAUUAUUUGCAACCGGCUGAAAGAUCCCUAACUGUUACCUUGUAUCAUGGUUCAGUUGCCCAUAAAGAUCCUUGCAUGCUUGGUUUUGACUUGGUAACGUGUAUUGAACUAAUAGAGCACCUGGAACAAUCAGAACUGGAGAAGUUUCCUGAAGUGGUGUUUGGUUUCAUGGCUCCAAGCAUAGUUGUGAUCAGUACUCCAAAUUCUGAAUUUAACCCUUUGCUUCCAGGAGUGACAUUAUUCAGGCAUCCAGACCACAAGUUUGAAUGGAACAGAGUGCAAUUUCAAAGCUGGGCACUAGAGACUGCUAGAGGCUAUGAUUACGCAGUGGAAUUUACUGGUGUAGGGCACCCACCAACAGGAAUGGAGAAUGUUGGGUUUUGUACCCAAAUAGGUGUGUUUGUUAGAAAAUAUCCUCAAACCAGUGAAUCUGCUUGGUCUGAGAAACCCCCUGAAGCAGUUUACAAAACAGUCUUCAAAGCAGUGUAUCCAAGUCUUAAAGAUGAGAAGUACCUGCAGAAUGUAGUGGUCGGUGAAGUUAUUUUCACAGCACAAACCAUUAAGCGAAGUCUGCUGGACCGUUUAAUGUCAGAACAUGAGGAGUAUAAUGAUGAUCCUACUGAGAGAAAAUCCAAAUUCCAACCUCCAGUGAACUGCUUUUCAGACAAUCUUGGAAAACUGGUUGUUGAAAAAAGCAUGGAACCAUCUGUCAUCGGAGAUGUGGUUUAUAUACCUCUUACAACAAUCUUUGCUUUUCCCAAAGUGAAUCAACUUUGUGGCACCUUUGAGAAGUUAUGCAAACUUAUUGCUGGCAAGGUCACACUGAGCAGUGAUGGUUCUGCUGUGAUGUUCAAUACUGAACAUGAAAAUGAAGAGAAUUAGAUCACCGAUUUCUCAUACAAAGUUCAGUUAAAGUAAUGGAAGUAUCUUUUUUUAGUAGCUGUCAAACGGUGUGUUCUGUGUGCUAACUAGAACCACAAAAUCUUUUCUAAACCUUCCAGUAUUAAUCCAUGAGCACCUCUCUCAUUUAGUGAAGAGUGCUUCUGACAAAUACCGCAGUAACUCAUGGGGAUUUGAAGUAGAGUACCAGGGGCUGAAAGGAGAGAAUUAAUUCCCCAUGAAGAAAAAUUUUAAGUAUUUCUGGUGGGUUUUUUUUUCUAUUACCAUAUUGUAACUAUCAUGACUAGAUUCUUUUUGGUAAUCUUUUGUUCGCUGCAGUGAUAGUUGAUGCUAACACAGAACUAUGUUGCAUGAAUAAUAUGUCAGAUAUAGGUUUAGGGCAAUUUUUUUCUUAAUAGAAUAAAAAGUAUAGAUGCCUUUUUCAAGAGGAGUACAUGCUCAGCCUUCAUGAAAAUCAAACAUUGUUCCAGAUAAACUGGAAUAUGCCACAAACAUUUAUAGCUCGGUAAAUUCAAUACUGGGGAAUUAUGUUUGACGUAAGGUGGUGGUGGUGGUGGUGGGGGGAAAGGUAGAUUUAGCCCGAUUGUUUUAUCCAGUUCCUUGAUAACUGCUGCUUGGGAAAUAAUUUGCAUCCUGUAACUUUCUAGAAGCUGAAUUUAAUUAACUUGAAACUGGUAUCUUUGACUAGUCUGUUUUUGAAAAAAAAAAAAAAGAAAAAUAUAAAAAAAUCUGUCAUUGUGAAUGCUCAACUAGCCCUGAAAAAAACAACUAUGUGUUUUCACAUGCAGCUGUUGUCCAAAAAGCCUAAAUCUAAAGUUAAACUACAGGUGUUUGGCCCUAUCUGUUCACAGUGUUCCUUAGUAUACAUAUGUAUACAUCUGAAACUGAAGAAGCUAUUCCAUAUCAUCUAUAGAAGUGCUAUUUACAUUUUAAUUGAGAGUGUUAGAUUUUACUAAAACAAGGUAUGCUCUUUUCUGUGCCAGCUUUCCAGGCUUUGACUGGCUUAAAUAAAUUUUAAUCAAGAUUGUCUUUAAAGUACUAAAUUAACUGUCUUUUCAGGAGCUUUUAAACCCUCUUACAGGACUCAUUGGGCACAGCUCUUCAGUCUCAGGUUGGUCUUUUUGCUUAAACUAUUAUGCAUAUUUGUGAAUAAACACAGUAUUUAUUGUGUCCCACUCAAACUUGGGAGUUUGACCAAGGUCAGUUCUGAUGUCUCAAAUCAGGAUACUAAAAGGAAGCUUAGGAAGAUGCAGUGUUUUAGACUUGUGGCAGUAUCACUGACCAGGAGAUGGCAUGCGUAUCUCAAAACAGAUCAACCCUAGGUUCAAAACUGUAAAAUCCAAAUAAAGUAGAAUUAAAAACAAACAACAAAAAAAGUAAUGCACUAUCCUGAAUAUAAGGGAUAUAACUUGAUGGCAGUUGAGCAAGUUAGGGAUCGAUUAUGGUCAGAAUAGCUGAACAGAAUGUUUCUGAUCAGUGCUUUAAAUUAAUAAUAACAAAGUGAAGUGGUAUAAAUGAAUUCUAAAAAUAGCCCCUCAUUUUAAUAAAUAAAAACCAACUGCCUAAUUGUGAGAGCUUCAGGAGUUAAUUGUCUGUCUCCCCAGAGACUUCUCAAAUAGAUCUCACAGCUAAUAAACUUGUGAUAUGUUUCAGUCCUGUCUCCCAUGGAUUUCCAUGGUACUAGGCUCUGUUCCAUACUUGCUAUCAUUAUGUUGAUAAAUGAGGUUUGGAUCAUUCAGUUACACUCCUAAUGGGUAUUUGUUUGGACUUCCUUGUUUUUCCUACUUAAACUGAGCAGAAGAAACCUAGGAAGGGGCUUCUGAAGUGACAGAAAAUUCUUAUGCAGAAGUCCUUUGCAUGUUCUUCCUCAUUCACAAAACACAUUUUAAGGCAGUCCUGUAAGCAGGCAGUUCACUGGGAAUAGCCCCAAAAUA